ACGUGCAGUCCCUCCGGAUCAGCAUAUGCUCUGCUUCAGAUGGAUGACGCUGUCUUACGGUCCGAAAUGCCGCCUGCCUCCCCCUCCUCUUUAUCCCCGUCUGAUUGGACAUCCGCAGGCAUGUUAACUUAUAACGGGGCGACACUUCAGUGCUCUGUCCCUCCGCGAUCAUUUCCUUGCUCAGGAAACUGAAUAAUAGUAAGGACGAGACGUCGUGGUACUUCCAGUAUAAAAUAAACAAACACUGCUUAUAUAAACAUCAGUCGGAUGGUCUGCACGGUGGAAAAUAUGAAGAUAUGGAUUUUAUGAGGCUGUUGCGCGCUGUGCUGGUUUUCUGCUGCUGUUCGGCUUCUGCGUCCAAACUGUUCAGUGCGGACUUUUUCGAGCCAAGAGGUCAGAGGAUUUGCCGGCGUGGCACGGAACGGCCCUGCUACAAGAUCGCCUACUUCCAGGACAGCUGGCGCAAGGUGAACUUUGAGCAGGCGAACCAGGCCUGCCACAGCGACGGCGGCGAGCUGCUUAGCAUCGAGUCAGACAGCGAGCAGCGCCUCAUCCAGAGUUUCAUCCAAGAACUGCGGGCCACCGACGGCGACUUCUGGAUCGGCCUCCGCCGGGACCAGAGCUCACAGGAGGCCAGCAGUGACUGCCCGGAGCAGUACCACUGGCUGGAUGGCAGCAAGGCCACCUUCAGGAAUUGGCACUGGGACGAGCCAUCGUGCGGGUAUGAGGUGUGUGUGGUCAUGUACCAUCAGCCCUCAGCUCCACCAGGCCUCGGUGGCCUCUACAUGUUCCAGUGGAACGACGACAACUGUAACACCAAGAACAACUUCAUCUGCAAGUACUCUCGAGAGAAACAGCCUGUUCCCACGGCUAUAGGAAAUUCAACAAACACAGAAUCCCCAGCUGUUUCCCCGAAGCCGAAAUAUACUUCAGUCACAGAGGCCGACAGUGAAAUUAAAAUAAAGCUCCCGACAGACAAUGCCUUAAAUAUCAUGUACAUCGUGCUCCCUACCCUCCCCCUGCUGUUGCUGCUGCUGGUAGCCCUUGGUGUCUUCUGCUUCAAGCUGCUGUCCAGAAAGAGGAAAGAGCAGACCGAAGGAGCUUGCCCCAAGGAGAUGGGAUACUGGGCAGACCGCUGUAACAGCCCCAGCCCGGACGUCUACAACGUCAUCCGCAAGCAGCAAGACGCCGACCUGGCCAGCACACGCCCCGAUAUCAAGAACACCUCCUUCCUGGGCUCCUCGCCAGACACGCCCCCGGGCGACUACGACAACCUGGCGGGCAGGGACACGGAAAGUGGCUUUGUGACGCUGGCCAGCACGGAGAGCGGCUUCGUCACCAACGACAUCUACGAGACGUGCCAGAGUAGGGGCCGCUACUGUCGCGAGGCUGGAUGGGUGGAGAACGAGAUCUACAGCUACUGAGCUGUGGUGAAGGUGCUUGGGGGGGAGAUGACAGCCAUUAGAGAUCCUAGUCCUGACACCCCCCACACAUGACCCAUGUCCCAUGUCCAGCUCCAUACUCCAUCCUUCCAGACAACAGCCCCCCCCCCCGCCGAGUGUAGCAGCUCUCUAUACGUUUGGCUACUCUGGAGCAAGCUACAGGCCGCCCACGCUGCUCCAACUCCUGUGGAGUGGUGGGCUGGAGGGGGUCAGCCCCCCCCCCCGCCGGCCUUCAUCCCCCAGCGAUUUCCUGUGCGGAGGCAGGGGCCAGAAUAUCUGGAGAAACUCGUCGGAGAGCUGAUGUGGCAGGCCGGCGCCGACACUAACAUCUCUCACGAUUCGCUUCUCGCCGCCAAAACACGCCUGUCACGAGCCCCUUGAUACAAUCACCCGGUCGUUUCCCGACAGAGAAGGCAAGCCGAUUGGUCCCGUCGGAUUCCUUUCUGCAUCAAAGAUGUUUCAGAUGGAAAUGGAACUCGCUCUUCAGUAGAAAUGCGCGACUCUGGCCCAAAGUCCGCUUUCCCAUCUCCCAUGACUGUUCCGACACCAGCGGGAGUUGCUUGCUGAAUCGGACCCUUGAUGAAAUAAAUGGUCUUUAAAUUCAGUAAAUUCUGGGCAAACAGGUGUCAGCAGAGCUCCUGCUAGGUUUGCAUGGACUAUUUUUCUGCUUCUUUCUAACGCAUUUGCACAGGUAGGGUCACUGCUGAAAAGCCUCACUGACACAGCCGUAUAGAAAUCGUUUUGCCUGAAUGGUGGCUGCUCUUAAUACAGACUCCUGCACUUUUUACAUAUUGAUAUUGGAAUGUGUUUGCUAUGAUGCAAGUUGUGCAUUUGAGACCUCAAUAAACCAAUGUAUAAAAUCAGAGGGAAAA